CCUACCACACCACAGACACAAGCAAAUCAGAAUCCCUUCUCUCUCUCUCUCUCUCGUCUUCUUCAUCUGUAAUUUUGUCACAAAUAGUCAGCAAAAUGCUUGCCCGAGCACCAGUACCCUUGCUUGUGGUUUUCUUUGUAUUCAUUAAUGCCGCAGUUUUCAUCCCCCAGCCCGUCUCAGCGGAUCUCAAACUCGGGUUUUACCAAUCCACUUGCCCGCAGGCCGAAACCAUCGUCCGCCAACUCGUCCAGAAAAGAUUCAACACCGAUAAAUCCGUCACCGCUGCCCUUCUUCGCAUGCACUUCCACGACUGUUUCAUCAAAGGUUGUGAUGCAUCAAUUCUAAUCGACUCGACGAGCCAAAAGCAGUCGGAGAAAGCAGCGGGCCCCAACUUCACGGUCCGAGAGUUCGACCUCAUCGACCAAAUCAAGACGGCUCUCGAGGCCGCGUGUCCCUCACGCGUCUCUUGCGCCGACGUCAUCGCGCUCGCCACCCGAGACGCCGUCGCCCUCGCCGGUGGCCCCAACUACCCUCUCCCGACGGGAAGGCUCGACAGCUUGACCUCCGACGUCAACGACGUCAACCUCCCGGGCCCAACGAUGCCCGUCUCCCUGGCCUUCAUCCAGUUCUUCGAGCCCAAGGGCUUCACCCUCAGCGAGAUGGUCACCCUCCUGGGGGCCCACACGGUAGGUGUGGCCCACUGCGCGUUCUUCCAGGACCGGAUCUCUAACUUCCAAGGGUCCGGGAAACCCGACCCGGCCAUGGACCCUGCCCUGGCCGGGACUCUCCGGAAGACCUGCUCCGCCAGCAACAACCCGACCGCGUUUCUGGACCAGAACACGUCGUUCGCUGUCGACGCGUCAUUCUACAGGGAGUUGACUGUGAAGAGGGGAGUGAUGCAGAUUGAUCAGGAGCUGGCCACCGACCCGUCCACGUCCAAGAUGGUAUCGAGUCUCGCGAGGAACGAAUCGGGUUUCCGGCAGAGCUUUGCGGCGGCGAUGGUGAAGAUGGGGAGCCUUGUGGGGAAGGGCGGCCAAGUCAGGAAGAGCUGUCGCGUGUUUAAUCCCAAGAGCCCCGUUGGAGGUGGUGCACGGCCGCCAGUUGCGAGUCCUCGCCGUCCGCCGGUCCCAAAUCCUCAUCGGCCGGCUGUGAGCCCUCGUCCGCCAGUUUCUAAACCUCGUUCCCCGGUGGUGAGCCGUGGUGCGCCGCCGCCUAAGAGCGGUGGCAAGAAGAAUGUGCCCAAGAAGACACAUAAGAAAAGUACAUCUCCACGUAGGAAAGGGAGCAAGAAGCCCGCAAAGGGACACCACUCACACCAGAAAAAGAAACACAGAAAGGGUCACUAAAAUCUAAAUUACUUUCUCUAAUAUUGGAUUGGGAGAGUAAUCCUCCACUUGUCAGUCGCUCAUUGGGGAUAAAAAAAAUUGUUCAGCUGAUUUGAUUCUUGUGAGGAAGAGAUUGUACGUGUACAAGUCAAUCAAGCUCGAGCUGUAAACCAAGCAAAGCAUGAAUUAAUAAUUAGGCCCAAGUGCAACUUGACGAUGCUGAAUGCAAUCCGAACAAUGAUAGCUCAGAACUGGGUAGUGAGGCUAAUUCGUGAAGGAAAUAGACUAAGAACAAUCACCACUAAUACCAUGUUAACAUUAAGAACUAAAUUUGGACUUAGUGA